UUUUGGAAUUAGUCUUGACAUGGAAGCCACUCAUAGCUUUUGAAUGCGUCUAGGAGGGAAAUUAAAAAUUAAUUCUUUUAGAUUAACCUUUUUUCUUCUCUUCUCAAAGACGCAAACCAUAAGGAAAAAAUGAGAUAGAAAGGAGCUUCUACGUUUUAUCCCCUUUAUAGUUUCUCUUUUACUUUUGCUUUCUUUUUUUUGAGAAAGAGUUCAAAAUGAAAGAGAUGAAUCAGAAAAUGGGGACUCACAAGUUCAGAUUUUCAGACAUUAUGCCUCACUCAUGGCUCUAUAAGCUCAAAGGCAUGAGAAGACGAAGUAGCAGAAAACACCAUCCUAAUUCUUCUCCCAAACAUCUCUCGUCUUCUGAUGCUUCUUCCUCAAGAAAGCUUCGUGACCCUCUUCGCCGCCUCUCUUCCACUGCUCAUCCCCAAGCUCCCAAUUACUCACCCCCUAAAUCUUCUUCUUUCAAAAGAAAGAUCAAACGUAAAACCGUUUACAAGCCUUCCCCAAGGCUCAAGCAGAUCUCUUCUUCCUCUUCUUCUCUCCAUUCUCAUGUUUCUCUCACCUCUUCUCGGAACCAUCGGUCUAAACCAUCAUCCUCUGCAAAUGUAAUCUCUAAUUCCUCCGUUGAAAUCUCGUCAUAUCGUGUCUCAUCUCCUUCUGACCAAAACUAUAGCUUUUCACGUGAUCCUAAACCGCAUUCAGUUGACAUCAAGGACAACCGCUCUGUGGGGAAGCCGGAUGAUGUUUCUGAAGAUCCUUCAGUCUCAGGAAACUCAAGUCCUCUUCGGGUUGAGACUGUAAAGGAACCACCUUUUCAGUUGAGGAAACAGCAGAAACUGAAGAAACCAAACGCACGGUCUUCUCCACGGAUAAAGAUUCGGGCAAAUUCUCCCAAGAUCGCGAGAAAGAAGACAAAGGAAGGAACGUCCCCUGCCGAGUGGAAGAAGAAGGAGACGGGGGUUGCAAAGAGCUUCGCGAUAGUUCUGUCUUCGGUGGAUCCUGAGAAAGAUUUUAGAGAGUCCAUGGUUGAGAUGAUCGUCGAGAACAAGAUGAGGGAACAGAAAGACCUGGAAGAUCUUCUCGCAUGCUAUCUUUCACUGAAUUCGAGCGAGUAUCAUGACGUUAUCAUCAAGGCUUUCGAGAAAACAUGGUUACAGUUGACUCACCUCCCUUAAAGACUCUCUCUGUAACCAAAACG